UCCCUUGGCGGGCAAAACCCGUUUUCUUCUCUCUCCCGAUUCUCGUGAGGGUAACCAUGAGGAAGAGACGGUUCGCGCAGGUCGCCACCAGCGACGACGAAGACGAGCGAGUAGAAGCUCAAACCACUCGGCCUCCCUCGUCCUCUUCAAAUGCAGGUCAAAAGAAGAAGAAAGCCAAGCUCGAAGAAGAAGAGUCAGAAAGCAGCGAUAACAAAGAAGAAGCAGUGCAGGAGGAUGCUAAGCCGAUCGGAGAAGUAAUCAAGGUCACUGGGAAAGGGAGACAUAAGCGAAGCCAUUACAGUGCUUUUGAGUACGAUGGGAAUCGAUUUGAAAUCGACGACCCAGUACUUCUGACUCCCGAAGAUACAAAUCAGAAGCCUUACGUUGCAAUCAUUAAGGAUAUUGCUCAGACAAAUGAUGGGAGUGUGAUGGUUACAGGGCAGUGGUUCUAUCGUCCUGAAGAGGCAGAGAAAAAAGGUGGUGGCAGCUGGCAAGCACGUGAUACCAGAGAGCUAUUUUAUAGCUUUCAUCGAGAUGAGGUUCCAGCAGAAUCUGUAAUGCAUAAGUGUGUUGUACACUUUGUCCCUUUAAACAAGCAGCUUCCACAACGUUCACAGCAUCCUGGUUUUAUUGUCCAAAAGGUUUAUGAUACCGUGGAGAGGAAACUUUGGAAAUUGACAGAUAAAGAUUACGAGGACAACAAACAAGGUGAAAUUGAUCUACUUGUUAAGAAGACUCGAGAGCGUUUAGGAGAACUUCCUGAUAUUGAGCCUGAAGAUGUUCCUACCGAACAAGAGGAUCAGUUGAAGAAUAAAAGAUCUUUGAGAAGAAAGAACAUGUCACCCCUUGAUGUUUCAAGGGAAGAUGAUGCAUCCUUCAGACCUGACCAAAAUUUAAAAGCUGAAACACCAGGAAGCUGUACAAGUGAUGCUUCAGAGUUUUAUAUAAUAUUAUCAAAUUUUGAUGCUCUGACUGGGGACUCCUAUCGUGACAAAUGGUUAGAGAAGACCCUACAGGGAAUUCAAUUUGUAUGUGAUUCCAAGGAUGAUGUGCAGGUAGGAGAUAAAGAAAAGGGUGGAUCAAUUCAUGUGGAUCAUAAUCCAAGUGGCAACAAUCAUGCAGGAAAUGUAAAUGGAACAAAAGAAAGGAGUGCAAAGGGUGAUGAAACCAUUCGCUGGCCGGAUGCUGCUGUUCCAGCAGCUACUGCUCUUGAGAAGGCUGCACAUGAUGCUCUUGGCUCUGAUUUUCAGAAGUAUAAUAAGAAGAUGAGACAACUAGUAUUUAACCUCAAGAACAAUGCACUACUGGCAAGGCGUCUACUGAAAAAAGAGCUGGAACCUUCAACAGUUCUGAAUAUGUCCCCAAAUGAACUGAAGGAGGGUCUUACAGCAGAAGAGACAGCAACCAAGGAGCCUGAAGAAUCUGAGCGCAUGCAGAUGACAGAUGCUCGAUGUUCAAGAUGCAUGGAGAAAAAAGUGGGUCUAACAGACAUCAUUCAAGCAGGGGGACGUGGAGACCGAUAUCAGUUGGAAUGUAUUGCAUGUGGUAAUACAUGGUAUGCUUCUCGAGAUGAAGCAUCCACAAUGACGAUAGAACCACUCAGUGUUGUUGGGAAUGUGGGCACGGCACCAUGGGCCACUGCCAAAUUCGAAGAUGUUGAGAAAAAGCUGGUGAGUCCCCGUGAAUCCGAGAAACCGGCUGCUGAUAUCUUUAAGAAAACAACUGCAGCGUACAUGCCUGUGUUGGAAACUCAGAAAUCGUUUAGCAGGCCUAAGCCUGGGGAUCCUUCCAUAUCCACCCCUAACAAUGCUGCUGAUUAGACACUGUACUUGAUAGUAGUUUUUUUGUUUUUUAGCUUAUACAUAUUUGGAAUUUAGAUUCCUUUUGUUGUAUUUGUACAGAGAUUCACAGCUCUUGUUCCAUUUCACUCCGGAUUUCAUACAUGUAUAUUGUCUAGUUGUUAGGCUUUUAACUGUGAACAUAUAAUCCACUUAACCUUACACCUGAGAGAGAGGCCAUUGUUUAUGUACCA